UUUGUUCAUGUAGAUUGGCAAAAUAUUCAAAUGGGUCCUGCUACUUCUCUUCAAGUGGCUCCUGUUGUUCCGGCUAUCACAAUAAACUCAUCUCAAUCUAGUUCUACUUCGAUAAACUCAAGUGUGAAUGCCAGUAACUACGGUGUCCAAGGUAGAGGUAGGGGAAAUCCUACUGCUAUGCCAAGAGGUGAUAGUGUUCCUAGAUCGAGAGGUCGAGGCACUUCUUUGCCGAGAGGUCGAGGAACUUCUUUGCCGAGAGGUCGAGGAACUUCUAUGACGAGGGGUCGAGGCUCUUCUCUGCCCAGAAGUCAGACAAGACUCUAGAACUCCUACAAGCAAUGCUCAACUCGUUUGAUAAAAAUAUUUUUGCUGCUAACUAUAUGUAAUUUUAAAUCAUUGAAUUUCUAUAUUACUAUGUUGUAUGUUUUAUUUAGAAUUGAAAUUGUGCUGCCA